CUCGAUUCCCCACACAUCUGGCUGCUUUGGGUCAGAGCCAGUGGAACAGAUUCCUGAACCUCGAGGACAGCAAGCGUGAGAGAGGGAAGGAAAAGAGUGAGUGAGACAACAGACGAGUAUGGCGCUGAAAAUGAAACAGAGGAGGGAACAGAGAAAACAUCAGGGUAGAAAUUAAGAGAAGGGCUAGUUAUGAGACAGUGAAAAAGAAAAGAGAGAGCUUAAGAGAGAGAGAAAGAGCGAGAGAUGGCACUGUUCCCAUGCUCCAGACUGCCCUCAGGUGUUCACUGUGUAAACCGGAGACGACUGCUUGUGCUGUGUGUGUGCGUUCUCUCCGGACUGAUCUACUAUUUGAAGGGGAAGAGGUUGGCUGCAGUUUCCACACUUAUGCUGUCAGAAGUGGAGAGAAGAGAACCAGCUUUGGAAGGUGAUGAGCUUCCUGUGAAGACCCCAUGGGGUGCUCCUCUGGUGUGGGGGGACAGCGAGUCCUCAGCCUGGCGCAGGGAUGAGUUUACCCAUCACGAUGUCCGCAUUGGUUUGGCCAUUCUGGCCGUGGGGAACUAUAACCACUUCCUUCACCACCUCAUUUCUUCUGCUGAGCUUCACUUCCUUCUCAACCUCUACGUCACUUACUACGUCUUGACUGACCGUCCGAGAGAACUGGACCCUCCUCCGAAACUAGGGCCCAACAGGCAGCUGAAGGUCAUCCCUGUGGCUGAAAUGCCGGGCUGGGACAGGCUAGGUCUGCGGCGCAUGGCGCUGCUGGCAUCAAUCAUCGGUGAGCGGAUCCAUUUGGAAGUGGACUUUGUGUACUCCAUUGAUGCUGACCAGGAGUUCACAAACACAGUGGGUUCAGAAAUCUUGGGCAAGUUGACUGCCACCCUACAUCCAGAAUUUUAUGGAAAGCCUCAACAUUAUUAUCCCUACGAGAAGGACCCAGACUCAAUGGCUUAUGUCGCUGAGGGCGAAGGUGACUAUUACUACACUUCCGAGUUCUAUGGUGGCCUGUGCUCAGAGGUUUUAGCCAUGACCCGGGCCUGCUCUUUACUCAUUUUACAGGACCAAGAGAGGGACAUUAAAGCCCAGGAGCUGGAGGAGAGCUACCUGAACCGCUACCUGGUUAACCGCAGGCCUACCUGCGUUCUCUCCCCAGAAUACAGCUGGUGGGAGUCACCCCAAGUCCCUGAAGUACCCACAAAAAGGAUUCAUUCCAUAAACAGAAAGUGAUUAGUGAAAGGCAAUGUAAAGAGGGAUACUGAUGCUAGCUGAAGAGAAAAGGAGAUGGUGGUGGAGUAGAAAUAAAUGAAGUAUCCUUUCUCUACCCAAAAAUGGUUGACAAACUUUACAGAACAGCAGCAAUAAAUAAAUAAAAGAUCUUGUUACAAUUUAAAUAAUAUCCAUAUAAAUCCUGUAAAAAUAAAAAUAAUGUAUGACCACGACUUAGUAAGGCGUAGGAAUGAGAUUCUAAUGCCUUCUCUCAACUUAGUGAUCUCGUUCCCAUUAACUAAGUCAAGGCCACAACUUCAUCAUCUUAUUCCCAUGCCUUACUAAGUUGUGGCCAUGCAUUUUUUAAAUUUAUACAUGUCCGUAGAAAGACCUAUCAGAGUUAGUGUUCAAAAAAAAACAUGCUAAUAUAUCGCUGCUGUCGUAACAAAACCUUGUACCUUCAUUUUUGACGAUUUUCAGUUUUUGACAUAAUAUGAAUAUACAUGUUGGCUUUUAUACUGCGUGUAAAUUUCAUGAAGUAUGGACCAAAAUAAACAGGCAAAAAUGACUUGGAAAAAACUCCACUGCUUCCAUUGACUUACAUUGAACGUAAUGGAGGUUUUUCCUUCUCCUGUAAAGUUACCAUUUUGGAGAUACAAGGUUUUGUUCCGACAGCAACGAUAUGGUGUUUGUGUGCUACUGCAGGUUGUCCAAUCUUCCCAUAGUGGCUAUAAAAGAACGUAAUUUUGGGUGGAGCAUGGACAGAUCACUGUAGCAUAAAUGUAUGAAAGAUUAUUUUCCUGUGUAUUUUGUGGAAGUACAGACGUUUUUAAAUUUUAUGCACUGUUUCAUUCACCAGUAUCUCGCCAUAGUGGCUAUAAAAGAACAUAUUUUUGGGUGGAGCAUGUACAGAUCAUUGUAGCAUCAAUAUAUGAAAGAUUAUUUUCACCGCAAAGACUUACAAUAACACUAAAAUACACAUUUUCUUACAACUUUUAAUAAUUAACAUUUAAUUCAGUUCCUUUCCAUUAUAACGUUAUUGGAAUGAAACCCUAUCAUGAACCUAAGUGUAUCGUUCCUUUUAAAAAGGAAAGAAAUGUCCUGGCUUUCUCUCUCUUGUCAAACAAAGGACUAGCUGAACCGUCUGUGGCUGCUAAAGAGAUAUGGCUCAAACAUUUGUGUUUUCGAGUGAUAAGGGCUCGACGUAGUUGGUACCCACUUUGACUGGCUUUGCUGGUCAAACAUUAACCAGGCCUGUUGUUCCAAGGCUUUUAAAUCCUAGGAAAGGGCAGUGGAAGGACACACUGGUAGCUGCUCCUCACGUGUCCCCUUAACUAAGUGUGCCCAGCUCAUCUUGACUCAAGUGCGAGCCAAGCUGACAUACAGCUCGGUGGGAGUCAUUGCACAGUCUGUAAACAGCAUUCACAGUGUAUUGUGUAUGCAGUGAAUUAAAGUGGCAGAUUCAUCUGUCUUGCAUCCAACAGAUUUUAUGCAUCGCUGGAAUCCACCAGCAGGGCUGUAAAACAUUGAUAUUGUUUGUUUUGCCACCAUGUGUCACUGGGGCUAUCUGAAUCUAUUUUUAUACAUUUUUCCUACUUCUCCUCCAUUUCCCCUAUCACUUUUUCAUACCAGGUGGCUCCGUCCCACCUUCUUUACUACUGGCAGCCAACCAAAUGACAUGUCACUGUCAAACACCACACUAAGGUUUGGGCCUCACGUUUCUACCAGCUUUAGAUAGAGGAAAUAUUUUAACUUCACUCCAGUAGCAGGUACACAAGGCUAAAUUUUAAUUUUUAUUACAAUAUGAAUGUGUGGUCUGUUGUAGAAUUUAUUGAUCCUUGCAGGAUCAAUGAAGUACAUAAACCAACAUUGGUGCAAAAUGUUCUAGAGAAACUUAGAGUCAGAAUUGUUCACACAUGAUGAUGUGAACCAGACAUCUAAAGCAUUUAAUGCCUUUAGAAGUUCCCUCAAUAAAAGCAAUUAGAUGAAAUGGUUACGAAUAUGUCAUGUGAUGUCACAGUUUUGUGAUCAUUUUUAGUGUAAAAUGUAAAUUCCAUUUUUUGUGUAAAGAUAAACGCAGGUGUGUAAAUUCACUGGUUAUUUUGCAUAACAAAUACAAUGACUGGGUUUGCAUAGACAUCAUGACCCCUGGCUCCUAUCACCUAAAAGAAGUCAAAAAGUUUCCCUACUUUGCAUCAUUUCAUAUUAAGCCACUCUGAAUUAGUUUAUUUCAAUGAGUGAAUUAAGCACUCAUUUUGAAAAAAAGGUCAUGCCUAAAAAACUUUAUAGGAGACUUGGUGUUUACACAUUGAAUUGUCUGCUGAGUCUACUGAGCUAUUGUAGCUCAUUUCAAACAAUAGGCGCUAAAUGAGUUGGUAGGAUCCAAUCCAUUCUGUAUUGUAUCCCCCAGCAGGCAGGCUUUGUUAUAGGCAGGGCAGCCGCACAGGGUUUAGCUGCUGCACUCCUCUGCCCUAACAAUUCACCACAAUGAGCACUUGUGCCAACAAAGAGGAGGAGCUGAAGAGAGGAAAUGUAAUCAGACGUAAUGGCUCAAACAUGUAUGAAUCAUCUCAGGCUUCAGCCAUUGUUCUCCUGACAGAUGUUUAGGGAGGAUCUGUCAUUAACAUGAAAGGAGAGACAAGAACUAAUCAAAGUGACUUUACAGUUUUCCACAAAAAUGUAAAGGGUAGAUAUUAAACCUUCAAUCCAAAUAUUUCUGGCCAGGUCCAGGUACAACAGAGGCCUAUACAAAGACACCAAAAGCUAAUAUCUUGAUUUAGUCUUCAGGAUGUUUGUAGUAACUGGAUUUAAGUCAAAACUGAACGCUUUUCUUUAUUAGCAUGUACACACCAUUCACUUUUCUUUACCAUGUUCACUAGGCCAGUAUCAGUCAUUGCAAUGUAAACAGCACAUCACAACAGAACCAUCUGUGAACACAGCAAACUUGUGUUUAUAACAUAAAGUGGGGAGUGAUUUAGCACCCUGUAAUGUUAGUGGUAUGCUGGGGCUUUGGCGCUGCUUUGUUUGUUAAUCUAGCAUUCAUCUUGCUGAAACACAUGUAGAAGGGCCUAAUCCUAUUAUUCUUUCUCAGUUAUGUCUCAGGCUGUACAUGUGCAUACAUAUGUUUUUGUAUGCCUCCUCAUAUGUGCAUACACAGUAACAUUAAACACCAAGUUUUAAGUUAAA